AUGCUCCCGUCGCUUCCCUUCCCCGGCCUAGUGCUUAUCCCCCACUUGACUGCACAAACUCACCAAGUGUUGCUAUUAAAAUCCCAAGACCAGCUGCUUGGUGGGUCUGCCUCAUCCGUCCAUUUCGUGGCCCCUGAGAGGGGUGCGAAAACCCCCUUCUUGCAGGUCCACGAGGAGCAAGCCGGCGCGGUCGUCUUCAGGACCAUUGACGGAAAUGAGGCCAUGCGCAUCAAUGUCCAAAGGCACAGUGUCUAUCGCCAUAAGACAGAGUACAAGGCAGUGAGGAGCUCGGAUGCAAAAGUCAUCUGGGAGGUUGAGUUGAAGACGGGAUGGCGGGUUCCGAAAUACGAUCUCGCAGUGCAUGAACAGUCCCUGCCCGGCAAAGUCGAGUUCAAACGGGACGUGUCGGGCGAGGAGCAGGGUAUUGUCGUCCACGGUAGCCCGGCAGCGACCAUCUCUCGCCAUGAGAAGUGGAAGCACCAGCAUGCCGAGUACAUUGUGUAUGUAGCGCCGGGUAUGGAUUUACUGCUGGCGCUGGGCAUGGCGUGGAUUGUUUCGGAUAAGCAGAAGCAGGACGACAAGGUUGCUGUAGUCUUGUAG